UUUUAUUUCACUCGUGCCUUUCUUCCAAGACGGUCGUUGGUGCGCGUUAGAGUCGAUACGUUUCAAGUUGCCGCGGACUCGGGACCGAUCAUCAGAGGGUUUCUGCAGCGAAACUGUUCAUUUCGUCGUGUGGAGUCAGUGGUUCGAGCGUUUGUUGUGCGAUGCCAGUUUCAGAAAGAUACGAAUUGCCCUUCACAGCGCCCAGCGCUAAACAGUUUGCGUAUCAGUGAUCAAUUUGUAAGCAAUCGUAAAUCAAUAUCUCGAGUGCUUCAAGUGUUUUCACUUUACUGUGCUAUUCGGUGACUAAAGUGCUCGGCCCACCAACCUCUGCCCUUUGCAGCUAUUCUAAUACCCAACUGUGGUGAACAUUUACAACGUACGAGCAAGUGUAUGAACGAAAUGUAUCUGUAAUGAUCGACGCUCGACAUAGCUACGGAUUACCGAUACAUGUGUGUAGAAACAGCCCCGUGGAGAGCAUCGUUCAGUCAAUUUCUUCAAAGUUCAUCGAAUGCAACAAACAGAAAGUUUAUAACACAUCCUGCCGGUAUGUUCGGAUGGUGGGCACGCCGAGGUUGAGAACCGCGCGAACGUUUUAAUACGGCCGUGGCGUGGCGUCGGCCCGAUCAGAGUGGAGUGUGUGUGUGUGUGGUGUUUGUGGGUUUCUGUUACCCGAUGCCCGACAAAAGAUAAAAAACGUGUCGAUGUCCUACCGCCAUCAACCUGCAGCUACUUUCCUUGCGCAUCCAUACAUCCCCGCAUUUUCGAGUCCAUCGAGAGCGGAAGACAUAGUGUAAAAUCGUGGAAAUCGCCCAAAGCGAAGCAAUCUCGCGAGCGACUACAGCUCGUAACGUCGGUCCGGUUCCGGAUUCACACGGCGCUCGAAACCGGGCGGCCACAAAUCAACCGCAGAUCUCACCACAACGGCAUCGAUUGAAAGUCACCACCUUCCGCCUCGUACAUCACGCCGAUCCUCAACCAUACGUACAAGCAUUUGGCGCGUCAAAGAGUGUGACUGCGGUGUCAUUUUGUCGUAGCGUUGCGACAGCAUCACGACCACCGCUGCUUGAGUUUUUCGCGCACCAAGCAGACCACGAUCCCGCCGCCUACCGCAAUCGCGAUCACUUGCGUACGCACGGUCGAGCCGAGCAGUUGAGCGUAACGUGUGCCACGAGUAGCAGCAUCCAAUCCAUCCGACUCUGCCCGAUCCUACCAGCCUUGCCUCAUUCUCGUCUCCAUUCUGGAGGCAAUAUUCGCAUCAGCCAUCGUUCCAACGUCUAGUGAGACCUCACAAUGAGCAGAUUGAUCGAUAAUGGCUAAGUGUUCUAUGUUAUGCCAACCCUUUCGCCAGCGAUCACAACCUGCUGAAGUGGCGUGAGAAAUGUAAUAAUUCGACACGAGCUGUGUUUUCGCGAAUGGACGCAUCUUCUACUUGUGCAUAUUGUAAGGGUUGUGCAUCAAAAAUAUGUUCCUGAUGCUUUUGGUGAUCGCAAAGCGCGCAAACACAAUCAGUACAUACCAGUUAGUGGAGUAAAUAAAUUGUGGCAGCUUGUGAAAUUUGGUAGCUGAACAACUAUCAGUGACAUUAGUGAUAUCAGUGACAAUCUUAAAUCGUGUUCCCGUGACAAUUGUGAAGUGUUGAUGUUGGUAAUGAUUUUUGUAUCCUUACACGUAUCUUAAACUACGGCUAUCGCAACGGUGGGUAACAGUAAGUUGUAAUAGUUGUCAUAGACGCAAAGAAGCCCAGCAGCUAAGGCUUGAAGGAAAAGCAAGAGUGAAAGCUCAAAUUGUGCCCUGAUGGUGUCGUACGCAACUUCUCGAUAUAGAUAAGAACGAGUGAAAAAAUGAGUGCUACUAAAGCAUUGUAUAUUUUGCCGGUGAUAUUGUUUAUUGUUCCUUCUGCCUUUGGGUACCAAGGUCUAUACACGCAUCAUCUGACUGAGGGCGUAAGGUUAAUCGUGCCACGAAAAGUUAAUCAUCUAGGGGAAAUUCUUUCGCAUGAGUUAACACAUCACCACUCAACUGUGCACGACGAUGAGGUUCAUUCGGAAAACGGAGGACGGUGGCGUAGUCGCCGCAGCACAGUGCACAAUUAUCCUUCGCAACCCUUACACUACCAAAUCGAUAUUGAUGGGGAAACGCAUCAUCUGGAACUUCAACCAUCGACGGCAACGUUUGUUGCGCCUUUAAUGGUGAUCGAGCGACAUCGACGAGACGUCCGCACGCGAGCUCGGCCGAUGAGGCACAUCAACUGUCACUACCAAGGCCAGGUCCGAGGUCACGACCAAUCGCGAGUGGCGCUAUCCGCCUGCAAUGGACUGAAUCAUAAGGCUGUUGGGCACCACACAUGGCUGUGCUCGAGAAACACAUAGCCCUAACCCUUAUUUAAGUGUCCACAAUCGCCGACCAAGUUGCCAGUGAUGGCUAUCACGCCCCUUGAAGGAUCGCUUCAUAUUUUGCCUAACGCUGCUAGGGCAAGCGCCAUACAUACAAAUGUCGGUGUAUUGAGAACCAACCGGACAGAGUAUUGGAUUGAACCAGCGAAAAAUCUUCCCCAAGGUCCGAAUGGCGAGCAUCCCCACGUUGUCUUCAAAAGAGCCGAUGUUAAAGAGACACCAUCAAAGAAAAACAUACGCUCUGCCAACAAAAAGAAGAAGCGGAAACGCAAGAAACGUCAUCUAAGCAACUGCGGUACCAGAGAGCCUCGCCGAUUGACGGAAACGCAACUGGAAUGGCAGCACCAGGGCAAGGUCCUCGUGCAAGGCGGUCGCAAAACGCGCAAUCCACAUCCCGAGCUGACCGCAUCCUUACACUUAGCCACGGGAGCAAGGGAAGAAAUUGAAAGAAAUGUGAUCAAAACUUCCGGGAAGAGUAGGAGAACUCGACGAAGCAUCAGCAAGCCCCGCCACGUGGAAGCCCUCGUUGUGGCCGAUCAUUCAAUGGUGCAGUUCCACCAGGACGUCGAUUUACAGCAAUACCUUCUGAUGAUCAUGAAUAUGGUAUCGUCGCUGUACAAAGAUCCAACCAUCGGUAACUCCAUCCAGGUGACGGUGGUCAAGAUCAUUAUUUUGGAAGAGGAGGACUCGCAUGCAGAUUUCAAUGUGACGCACAUGGCUAGCAACACGCUGGAGAACUUUUGCCGCUGGCAGCGAAACCUUAACCCCAAACCGGACGAGGAUCCGCAUCACCAUGAUGUGGCCAUUCUGGUGACAAGAAAGAACAUUUGCUCCAACUAUGGAUGCGCAACCCUCGGCGUGGCCAACGUAGGCGGCAUGUGUCGCCCGGACAAAUCGUGUAGUGUCAACGAGGACAACGGCAUCACCCUGGCGCAUACGAUAUCCCACGAGCUGGGUCACAAUUUUGGAAUGUACCACGAUACGGCGAAAACCGGUUGCGAUCAUCGUAUAGGACCGAUUCUACACAUUAUGACACCCAGUUUCGAGGCAGACACUAUGCAAGUUUCAUGGUCAAACUGCAGUCGGCGAGAUAUUACACAUUUUCUAGAUCAGGGUCUUGGCCAGUGUCUCGAGGAUGCACCCAGCCAAGAGGAGUACGAGUAUCCGGAACUGCCACCUGGAGCCAUGUACAACGCCGAUCUACAAUGCCGACUACAGUUUAACUCGACCGACGAGGACAUGACCGUAUGCUCCAAGCUGGACGAAAUCUGCACACAGCUCUGGUGUCUAGUGGGUGAAGUGUGCACCACAAUGUUGCGGCCCGCUGCUCCGGGAACCAACUGCGGACGGCGAAUGUGGUGCCAAAAUCAAAAGUGUGUCGAAGUCGAAGAACUACCUGCCCCGGUCGAUGGCGGUUGGGGUGAUUGGAGUCCUUGGAGCGAAUGUUCCCGAUCGUGCGGAGUUGGCAUCGCUAAACAAACACGGGAAUGUGACCAUCCGUCCCCGGCUCACGGUGGAAUGUUUUGCAUCGGAGAACGGGCACGCUACAAAACGUGCCACGUGAAGGCGUGCCCAAUGGGCACACCCAGCUUCCGAGCUGAACAGUGUUCUUCGCACGAUAACGAUACGAUCAAGGGCGAAAAAUACAGCUGGCUGCCUUAUUUCGAUAAAAACGAGCCGUGUGAACUGUACUGCAGCAACACAGAAGACACAAUGAUUGUACCUUUCGGAGAUACGGCCGCGGAUGGAACGUUCUGCAACCUGGGCACGAACGACAUGUGUAUAGGCGGCAUCUGUCGCACGGUCGGCUGCGAUUGGGUUGUCGAUUCGAACGCUACCGAGGACAGAUGCGGUGUGUGUGGAGGUGUCGGUGACACUUGUUUUGUGAAGAAAGGUGAAAUUGUGAAGAAAAUCAACACUACCGAUGGAUUACACAACGUGUUGCUGAUCCCGGCUGGCGCUCGAAAUGUACUUAUAGAAGAGAUAUCUCCGUCCAAAAACUAUAUCGGUGUUGGUCGGUCCACAAGCAACGACUGCUACCUUAACUGCAAUCAUUUCAUUCAGCUUCCCGGAGAGUAUGAAGUGGCAAACAGUUUGUGCCUUUACGAGCGGGAUAAUGACCAGGAGAGACUCAAAAUUCCAGGCCCCAUUAUGGAGGACGUGCAUAUUUUUAUUGUAAUCAAGAAGAAAAACAAUCAUGUUGGAAUUCGUUUCGAGUAUACGCUGCCUUCGCACAACAACAAAAAUCAAUCUACGUACUACUGGAAGCUGACCGACUGGUCCGUCUGCUCGGCAACCUGCGGUGGGGGAAAACAGUUCCGCGAGUCGAUCUGUUAUCAUCUCGGCAAGGGAGUUGCUAAGGAGGAACUUUGCCUACGCCAUGCGUUUGGAAAACGCCACGAACCAAUCAUUCGCGACUGCAAUGAUGAUCCGUGUCCAUUCAACUGGUGGGUUGGUCCUUGGCAGUUAUGUCCCAUGACCUGUCGCAAAGUAGUCGGGCCUGUGCCGAUACGCCGGAGAUCGAUCCUGUGUGUGGAUUCCAAUUCCAACGCACGACCGGACACACACUGCAGCAAUAAACCCCGUCCGCACGACAACGAACCUUGCGGUGCAGAUUUACCUCUCUGUCAAGAGAGUCAUCGAAUCACCAGCCAGGAAACAGAGCGUCCCGAUACGAUAGUUCCCGUCGACGAUAGCAAUCUGUUCGAUCUUCCGUCACCCUCGACACCAGCGGACUAUGAGGUGAACAACAGCAUCUGAAACUACGGUUCGGACGGUGCGAGAGUAGCGCUGGAACAACGGUGCCUAAUCAAUCCAUUUGUUCGUGAGCUAGUAGCGAGAAGAUAUGUUAUAUUAACAUCUAUUGUAAUGCUCUUUAUCGGUAUCGUCGAUCGCUGACCGCUGGCUCACCAGGCUGUACAGCCCGUUGGUACGUACAAGCAACUACAUACUCAGUACAAAACCACAUGCCGUUAUGAGACGGUUGUACGAUCUGCACAUCUGCACAUGCCCGUUGUGCUGCUGGCUGCGACGCUGGAAGCUUUCUUCUAAACGCUUUUACAUACGUUUUUUAUGAUACGUGUUAUGUCGAUAGUGUGUUUAUAUUUAAUAAAACUUUAUUUAAUAGAA